AUGACACAGGGACUGGAGAAGUGGAGUGGCAGCAGCCUCUCAGCCGUGCCUCCACCAGGACUGCUUCCAAGAAAGAACAGGGCAGAUCCACCCCCACUCUACAUCAACGGAAACCGUGUGGAGAGGGUCCACAGCUUCACCCUCCUGGGCACCACCAUCUCUGCUGACCUCACAUGGACGAACAACACCACGACUGUCAUCCGGAAGGCCCAGCAGCGCCUGCACUUCCUGAGGAAACUUAGGAGGAACGACGUCAGCCAGGAGCUGCUGGUAACCUUCUACCGCUCAACCAUCGAGAGCAUCCUGUCAUACUGCAUCACAGUGUGGUUCUCCCACUGCACUGAAGCAGAACGGCAGAGCCUCCAGAGAGUGGUCAAGACAGCGCAGAGGAUCAUCGGCUGCCCCCUCCCCUCACUGAAGGACAUACACCAGUCACGCUGCCUCAGCAGAGUGACUAGCAUCACCAACGACUCCACCCAUCCUGCUUUCCCUCUGUUUGAACUGUUGCCCUCUGGAAGGAGGUCACAGAAUGGACUAAGUGCGGGUGGCACAACUGAAGUCAUCAGCGACCCAUGCAGUGCUGGCCGGAUUCUGGCAGAGGAGCCGCCAGUCCUUGAAGCACCUGAUGCCAUGGAGAAGACUGCUGUCAGACUGAGAUGUCUCGUGAAGCUGCUGGAGAGGGGCCAGGUACCUGUAGCUGACCUGAAGAAAAAUCUGGAGCACGCUGCCUCAGUUCUUGAAUACAUGUGCACCGAGGAAACCAGGCAACCAGUGGACCCGGAGAACGAGCUGGAUGAUAUCAAAACGGAUUCAGUGCCAGUGGAGGUACGGGACUGGCUCACCUUUACAUUUACCCAGCAGAAGGGCCUGGUGCUGACCCGAAAAGAGGAAAAGCAGCGCUUCCGCAGUAUUGUCCAUGCAGUGCAAGCUGGCAUCUUUGUAGAAAGGAUGUACAGACGAAACUCCAACUUAACCAGUCUCAUCUAUCCUCCAAAUGUCAUCACAGCUCUUAAGCAUGUGGACAUGUGGUCAUUCGACGUGUUUGCAUUGAAUGAGGCCAGUGGAAACCAUGCUCUGAAGUUUGUCUUCUAUGAUCUGCUCACCAGAUAUAACCUCAUAAACUUCUUCAAGAUCCCCGUGUCUGCAUUGGUGUCGUUUGUGGACUCAUUGGAAGUGGGCUACAGUACACACAAAAACCCAUACCACAACCUGGUCCACGCUGCAGACGUUACUCAAACCCUUCAUUACUUGCUGAUCAAAACUGGCAUUUUGCACUGGCUAAACGAGCUGGAGAUCUUUGCUGUCCUUUUUGCUGCUGCCAUCCAUGACUAUGAGCACACGGGGACCACCAAUAACUUUCACAUACAAACCAGGUCAGACACAGCCCUUCUGUACAACGAUCGAGCUGUUCAGGAGAACCACCACAUCAGCGCCACCUAUCGCCUUCUACAGAGAGAGGACGACAAGAACAUCUUCUUGAAUCUGUCCAAAGAUGAAUGGAGAGAGCUGCGGAGUCUUGUUGUGGACAUGGUGCUGGCCACUGAUAUGUCCUGCCACUUCCAACAGAUCAAAGGCAUGAAAAACCUGAUGCUUCAGCAUGAGCAGCCAGACAAGCCCAAGGCGCUGUCCCUGCUGCUGCACACUGCGGACAUCAGCCAUCCGGCCAAACACUGGGGCCUGCACCAUCGCUGGACCGCCUUUCUGCUGGAGGAGUUCUUCAGACAGGGGGAUAAAGAGGCAGAACUUGGUCUUCCCUUCUCUCCUCUUUGUGACCGUAAAUCCACCAUGGUGGCUCAGUCCCAAAUUGGAUUCAUCGACUUCAUUGUGGAACCAACAUUCUCAGUGGUAACGGAAAUGAUUGAGACAAUUACAACAGCACUUCCUCAGGAGACACCUGAAACGGGUCGGACCACCAUGAAACACGCCAGCAGCCAUGACACUGCUAGAGGUGAGGAAAAGAGUGGAGUGGACAUCAGUGGCUUCAAAAGCACAUGGAACCAAGAGAUUCAUAACAACAGAGAGACGUGGAAGGGUCUGGCAGCUACAGACCUGGAAGCUGCUCAGAUGAAAGGUCAAGACAAUAGCUGUGAAGAAAACCACCCAAAAGAGACGAAAGAGCCCAGGACGAGUUCUGGCAGAGCGGGUCGAGGCUGGAAUCCAAUCAAAACAGAGCCUCAGACUAACUCAUCUUUGAGUGAUGGCUUCAAGAAACCCAGCUACUGUGCAAGCUCCUACCAGCUGACACGAUCACAGCUUUGUGACAGGAAACCCCUCGAUGCCCGGGCCAGGAUCAGGAGACUGCAGCGCUUCUCCAUUCAUCGCAAAAAGUAGUCCUGUGGCUUAGUCUGGUCAGCGGUGUCUUCACAAGAGGCUGCUGAUCAAUGCAGGGGCCACAGUGCCUGAACAGUGGUGUGCUCAUUUACAAACGGACAUUGUUGACACAGAUGUCAAACCCUUAAAACUUCAGGUUCUAGCUGCCAAACCCUCCUCUGCUCUUCACAGUUCUAUUCUUGGUUUGCUCUGCAGAUCAUAAUCCUCCAGCAGAUCCUGCGACUUCACAGCAUUGUUGUCGGUGCAGGAUAUGGGGAGCUUUGGUGUUUAGUGCUGUUUUUAUUAUUUUUCAAGUUUUUUUAAUUCUUUUUUCAAAUGGCUAUUUCAUCUUGUAAAAAGUGUGGUGCAGUUGCCUACAUUGUAAUUGUAACUGGUAAGGAAUUUAAUUCAAAAAUUACCAUUCCAAUCGCAUACUCGAGUUUACAGCCAGCCUGAAGCAGUAAAUCUGCUGAUGUUCGUUUGUGCUGCUUGUCUCUUACUUCCUUGUGCAGUUUGGCAUUAAUUCAAGGUAAUAUAAUAAAUCAAUGUCUUAAA